UCCCAGCUUUACAUAUCUGACCAGCAUUCCUGGCUUCCUUCCAGCAACAACAAGCAAGAACAGCUGCAUCUGAGCUGAGCAUCAUCUCCUUUGGCAUCGGGUGGAAAGGAACGGAAUUCAGGUGCUGCCUUGCUCUGCAGAAGAGAAGAUACAGUAGUACUAUGACUGGCCUAUGAGCAGUGCCAGUCAGUCAGCCAGUGACUAUGACUGGCUCUGACUGUACUAGCCAGUAGAAACUGAAGAUGCAUAGGGAUCGCUGCGCAAUCAUCUUCAGUACAGCACAGCUCUCCAUCAUUCAUCUCACAUUCAAUUCAUUCAUUCAUGGCCAUGCGUGUGCGUGUUGAGAGAGGCAGAGGACGAAUCCACAUCGGUGAGCGUGGAGAUAAAAGCCUCUGCUUUUUCUCCCUUUCUGAGACCUGACGGACAAAAAAGAAAAAGUUUCAGUUUUCACCUUCUUCUUCACCUUGUCUCCGCUCGGCAGCGACACGCAAAUUGAAGGGCAGGGCAGGCAGUUGCGCCGCACGUGAGCCAAAGCCAAGGAAAGAAGCACACAAAUUGACACGCAGCCCAACGACACCAGCAACAGCGCAGGAAGAGGAGGAAAAGAACUCAAGAAGCCACCAAACCAAACACCAAACGAUACUCCUGCUGCCUUCCUUCCUUACCUAGUUGCCUCCUUCUUCUUCUCCCCCUUUUACUCCUCCCUGCCCUUCUCUCCUCUCUUCCUCUUUCUCUCUCGACUCCGGAGCAGAGAGAGAGCAGGCGGCAUUGCGGAUUGCUGGAGCGAGAUCGGUCCUCGGUGCGGCGGCGGCGGCGGGGGGGAUGAUGAUGCGGCGGGUGGCGCCGCCGGCGUCGGCGACGGAGGAGAAGGAGGCAACGGCGGCGGCGGCGGGGGUGCCGGGGUGGCUGGGGGCGCUGCUGAGCACCCGGUUCUUCCUGGCGUGCGGCGCGCACCCGGGUUCCCCGCGGAACGAGUGCAACAUGUUCUGCAUCGACUGCCGCGCCUCCGCCGCCGCCGCCUUCUGCUACUACUGCCGCUCCCACCGCCACUCCUCCCACCGCGUCAUCCAGAUACGGCGGUCGUCGUACCACGACGUGGUGCGGGUGACGGAGGUGGAGGACGUGCUGGACAUCGGCGGCGUGCAGACCUACGUCAUCAACAGCGCCAGGGUGCUCUUCCUCAACGAGCGCCCGCAACCACGCGGCGCCGGCGCCGCCGCCGGCAAGGCCGCCGCUUCCCCUUACAACUGCGAGAUCUGCGGCCGCGCGCUCCUCGACCCCUUCCGCUUCUGCUCCCUCGGAUGCAAGCUGGUGGACACCAAGAGGCAAUACGGGCAUGAAGCGGCGGCCAACAAUGUCGCUGCCGGCGCCGGCGGCAAUGAGGCGGACGCCGGCGGGAGCAAGCAGCCGCGGCCGCAGGGCCGGCGCCGGAAAGGGACACCCCACCGCGCGCCCUUCGGUUCCUGACUCAAUUCAUAUCUAAAUCAACGGCGCACCAAGAAUCAGACAGCAAUGGCAGGGGAGAAUCGAGGAUGGGAAGGAAGAGCACGCGAAAGGGGAGAGCUUCUUGUUCUUGUGCUCACCUAUUAUUAUUGCAAAAAGGAAGAAGGAAAGCAAAGAUGCCACCGCCCAACUAGAAAGAAAGAGAAGCCCAACCACCAUGGAAUGGAAGGAAGGAAGGAGUAAGGCGACAUGUCCAUCUCAACCUCUCUAUCUUGUUUCUUUCUCUCUUCUCUCUCUCACACCAUACCAUAGGCCAUACCAGCAUUUGGUAUACAUGACUAUACUAGCUACCUCUAUACUCUAGCAGUUAGCUAGUCCUCCUAGACUCUCUCCUAGAUGCAAUUUUUUUUGGAUGGAUCAUCAAUUCUAUUCUUUCUUUUUUCUUCCUCUGCUUCAAUAUUGACAUUGAUCGAUCAUUUCUUGAUUUGGUUGGUUGCUAAAUUACAUUACAUUACAUGGAGGUGCAUUGUAAUCCUAACAUUAGCACCCUGUCUUCUUUUUCUUUGUUCCUUUUUGAGAGUUGAGAUGCAACAUUAUCAAUUGAUUGAUCAAUUAGCACAUUGGCUAAUUAAACGGCUCCAUUUGUACUCACUCCCUCCGUGUGGGGAGAGAAGAGAGAAGAAUCUACUACAUUUUCAUUUUUUAUAUACAAUGCAGGCCAGGCCUAGGAGGAAUCAAUGAAUGAAUGAAAGGAAAGGAAGAUUGAUUGUCUUUA